AUGAACAAUUCGACAAACGGCAGCCUGAUAGCUGCAAUUGAAGAGCUUUCUGAGGAAACAGCUUGCUCUUAUGAGCCACAGUUGCUAUUGGAAUGGAAGAUGUGGUUCGUUGGGAUGUUGGGCUGUACAACAGCUCUGGUCUCAAUCAUGCACAACUGCAUUUUAUUCUACACUUUCAACUCAUCAAAAUUGUUGCGAAGACGUAAUCUCACAUAUUUGAAAUGGAUCAGUCUGUGCGACAUCUUCGUCAGUUUAUCAUACAUUGCGAUCAUGUGUGUCCAGGUCUACGCCGACUACUUCAAAUCAUUGGGUCUCUUCAUUCUUUGGCAUCACUAUUUAGUGAUAGCUUUCACAGUCUCGAACAUCACGUUCUCCUCUUCAUCAUUCCUUCUGAUGGCUGCAACGAUCGAGAGAUAUCUUCAAAGUACAGGCAAUUCAAAAGACGAAGAGAAUCCCGAAGAACUAGAUAACCCUGUAUCAACAGCUGUUUUCUACUUUUUGUCAAAUCAUCGAUCGCUGGUUGUGAUCAUGUGUUUUGUUUUGGGCGCCGUUUUCCGUGGCACUGUUAUCUUUGAGAUAGUGAUAGUUUAUCAACCGGAUUGCACCGGUUUUGAAACCUAUUAUGUGACUGUCUCACAGCUCACCGAAGAUCCUCUCUUUGAUAUGUUAUGGAAAUUCUGGGUCCGCAAGAUUUUCUCCGUUUUUCUUCCAUUCGUUGUUCUCGCCUAUUUCAACGCGGCAAUCGUGAUGAAUGUGAGGAAAACGGAUCGGGAUCAGACUGUGAAAACGCUUAUUCUUUAUGUGACUGUGGGAAGCAAAGGUGAAGUGACCCGGCUGCGUUCUCGUCUCCGAACAGUCACUCGAAUGCUUGUAAUGGUCGUUUGCACGUAUCUUUUCUCGAAUAUUCUUGAUGUCAUUAUCGCUUUUUGGGAGAACAUUGAUCCAGUGACUCUGACAGCUCAUAAAGAAUUCUACACAGUCACCUCGGAUAUUUCAUCAUUUUUACCGAUUCUCGCAUGUGCUCUAAGAUUGCCAAUUUACACGGUGAACGAUCGAGAAAUUCGGAUGGAGGUUGUCACAACGGUGCACGUGAUUUGUCGUCGAAUUUUUGGGAUUCUUCCAUGUUGUUCACCGAUGUGUAAAAGAGGGAAAUGGGCAACAAGAGGAGGAGAAAUUGACACAACAUAUUAUAUGCCGAAGAAAAUAUCGAUGAGAGAUGCGACAAGGGGUCGUGGAAUGUCCGGUCUGAUCAUGGCUCGAGCUCAACUCGUCUCUCGAAAAGACAGCUUUGAUAGUACUGGAUCUGUUUGUAUCGUU